GAUUUUCCCUUGGAUUCCACUUGCUGACAUGGAACCGAGGAGGCUUGGACGGUUAGUGUUUCUGCUCUGCUGCGUUGCGGCCGUCACAUGCAGUCUGCACGCGGGAGCUCAGGCCCAACCCACUCUACGACAACAAUCCCAAGGCUCACCCCACAAUGGAGCAGUGCGUAGGGUGUUGUCGGAGACGGCGAACAGAUCGCACAGCGACCUUUCGAGAAGGACGAGAAGAAUCGAUCCUCUUGAUGGCUUGAGGAAGUAUGAGGGAGGGUUCAACAUCACAAACAAUCAUUACUGGAGUUCGACCAUAUUUACAGGUAGAUCUGGAUACAUCAUUGGUGCAUUAUGGCUUAUUGCUGGUAUCAUUUUUGCGGGCUUCCUUCUUGCCUCGAAGAUUUUCUUCGCCAAAAGUAACGAAAGAGAAAGAGACGGUGUCAUCGAUGAUUUUCUUGACAGAUGCCAUCUUGUGUCUGUCAUACUUAUCAUUCUUCUUGCAGUUUUUGCCAUAGUUGCAUCGGCGAUCGCGCUUCAGGGCGCCGUACGAUUUCAUUCUAGAGCAGAGUCCAUCAAAGAUAUCGUCGGGAGGACAGCGCUUGAAGCGACAGCGACGAUUUACAACAUCACAGGAGCCAUUGAGAAGAUGCAGAACAUAUCGAAGCUAUACAACAUUAGUAGCCAAUCCUUUGAUCAUCUGAAUUCCACGGUAAAGGCACUGAACUCUGAAGCCGUGGAAAUUCAGGCGAAGGCCGAAAAGAACAUGCGCUUGGUCAGCAAAGGCAUCAACACAUUAGAACUUGUCAUCAUUUUAACCGUGACGCUGAAUCUUGUCGCGGUCCUUGUCUUGCUAGUGGGAAGACCUCUGAGGCUACAGAAGUUGUACUAUAUGUGCAUAGCCUUGUGCUGGGUACUGACAGUCCUCUUCUGGAUGUACUUCGGGCUGUACUACUUCCUCGACAAGUUCGCCGGCGACACGUGUGCGGCCCUCGAGGAGUACCAGCUGAACCCCAAGAACAGCACGCUGGGCGCCAUCAUACCCUGCAGCGAGAAGAUGUCCGGGAGCGUCAUCCUGCACGAUGUUGGUGCAGGCAUACAUGACAUCAUAGACCAGGUGAAUUCGAACAUUUACAUGAUCAAGUCGGAGUACACCGUGAAGCAGCUGGACUACAUCUGCAACCCGUUCGCCGGGCCGCCGGGGUACCGGUACCGGCCGGAGAACCGCGCUUCCGGCGCCGCCACCAUUGGUGACAUCCCUCAGAUCCUGAGGAGGCUGACGUGCUCGGAGUUGGGCGGUGGCGCCAACUGCGCGCCGGCCGACCUCUCGUCGGCGAUCGACUACGACAAGGUGCAGACCUACACGAGCUCCAUCCAGAACGUGCUGGACAUCUUCCCGGGCACGGAGCGGCUGGUGAGCUGCGAGCUGGUGAAGGCCGGCUUCGCGGACAUCGUGGGCAACCAGUGCGCGCCGCUGCGCCGCGGCGCGCGGGCGACGUGGGCCGCGCUCGCCGCCCUGUCGAUGGCCAUGGCACUGCUCGUGCUCGCCUCGGCGGCGUGCGGCGGCGUCGGAGGGUCGCGCCACGCCGGCGACGACCGCCACUCGGUGCGGCACCUCACGUCGUCGUCCAACUCGGAGGUAUCGGAGACCGAGUUCGCCGAGAUGCCGGCCAAGAAGGUGCGAGUGAAGAUCGUCGGGCCGUGAGAGGGAGAUCAAAUUCUUUUUGCUGUGCUCUUUGCUAUUUGCAGGUGAUAGUUUGGGAGAGAGUAUACAGCCGGCGGGAGAGACUGAUCCCGGAGAGAUCAUCCAUCGCCGGCGCGCCGUUGACGCGAAAUGUUUGGUUUCUUUUCGUGCGUGGUCUGGAGAAUCCAGCCAUACACAUAUGCAGUCUUGGUAUAGGAGAGGAAAAAGAAGAAAUUGGUGUAAUCCUGUAUAUGACCGGCAAAAAUGAUACUGUUUGUAUAUAGAUUUUUUAAU